AGUGUCGGAAGGGUGGUUAUCAAGCUGGACUUGUCCUGUAAUCUGUUUCUUCAUGGCUGCAAUAGAACUUCUCAACAAACUGCAAGAAGCAUGAAAUGGAGACAUGGGAAGUUUCUGUUCCAGAUGAUCGGGCUGAACAACGAACCUGUCUCAUUUGUGGGGACCGCGCCACAGGCUUGCACUAUGGAAUCAUCUCCUGUGAGGGCUGCAAAGGGUUUUUCAAGCGGAGCAUUUGCAACAAGCGGGUAUAUCGGUGCAGCCGUGACAAGAACUGUGUCAUGUCUCGGAAGCAGAGGAACAGGUGCCAGUACUGCCGCCUGCUCAAAUGCCUCCAGAUGGGGAUGAACCGGAAGGCAAUCAGAGAAGAUGGCAUGCCUGGAGGCCGGAAUAAGAGCAUUGGGCCAGUCCAGAUAUCAGAGGAAGAGAUUGAAAGGAUCAUGUCUGGGCAGGAAUUUGAGGAAGAGGCCAAUCACUGGAGCAACCAUGGUGACAGCGACCACAGUUCCCCUGGGAACAGGGCUUCAGAGAGCAACCAGCCUUCACCAGGCUCUACUAUGUCCUCCAGUAGGUCUGUGGAACUAAAUGGAUUCAUGGCUUUCAGGGAGCAGUACAUGGGGAUGUCUGUGCCUCCACACUAUCAAUACAUACCGCACCUUUUUAGCUAUUCUGCCCACUCGCCACUUCUGCCCCCACAAGCUCGCAGCCUGGAUCCCCAGUCAUACAGUCUGAUUCACCAGCUGGUGUCAGCUGAGGACCUGGAGCCAUUGGGCACACCCAUGUUGAUCGAAGAUGGAUAUGCUGUGACCCAGGCGGAGCUGUUUGCCCUGCUUUGCCGCCUGGCUGACGAGCUGCUCUUUAGGCAGAUUGCCUGGAUCAAGAAACUGCCUUUCUUCUGCGAGCUCUCAAUCAAGGAUUACACGUGCCUCCUGAGCUCUACAUGGCAGGAAUUAAUUCUGCUGUCCUCCCUCACCGUUUACAGCAAGCAGAUCUUUGGGGAGCUGGCUGAUGUCACUGCCAAGUAUUCACCCUCUGAUGAAGAAUUACACAGAUUCAGUGAUGAAGGGAUGGAGGUGAUCGAGCGGCUCAUCUACCUGUAUCACAAGUUCCAUCAGCUAAAGGUCAGCAAUGAGGAGUAUGCUUGCAUGAAAGCAAUUAACUUCUUAAAUCAAGAUAUCAGGGGUCUGACCAGUGCCUCACAGCUGGAACAGCUGAACAAGCGAUACUGGUACAUCUGCCAGGAUUUCACUGAAUAUAAAUACACACAUCAGCCGAACCGCUUUCCUGACCUCAUGAUGUGCUUACCUGAGAUUCGGUAUAUUGCAGGAAAAAUGGUGAAUGUGCCCUUGGAGCAGCUGCCCCUCCUCUUUAAGGUGGUGCUGCAUUCCUGCAAGACAAGUGUGAGCAAGGAGUGAGCUGUUCCCGGCACCCCUCCUCAGGCCAGCCACAAAGCCUUGGGUGGGCGGGACAGGCUCCAGAAGAAAGAGCCAGAGAGACCAAGGUGGAGGCUACGGGGGCAGCAGCGUUCCCGUUGCCUCCAUAGCAAGAAGAGUGUUUGUUUGUUUGUCUGUUUUUUUAAGCUCAUUUUUCUAUAUAUUUAUUUCACGACAGAGUUGAAUGUAUGGCCUUCAACAUGAUGCACAUGCUUUUGUGUGAAUGCAGCCGAUGCAUUUCCUUGCAGUUUACAGAAUGUGAAGAUGUUUAAUGUAACAGUGUUGUCAUUGUUUAGAGAUAGUUCUUUUGUAAUUUGAGGGCGGGUGGGAUGGGCUGAGAUGACUAUUUCCAUAAUGUUGACAAAGACGACUACCUCAGUGGAAAGGGAGGGGUGUGACCAUGCCUCCUUUUUCCACGUGUUCUCAGCAGACUCGUGCAUUUGUCUGUCAGAGAGCAAACUGCCUUUUUCUAGCCACAGAAUUGCCAGGUGAAAGCACACACCAUAAAAGGGCAAAGUGGUGCCAGGAGGUUCUCUGAGCAAAGUGGGGGCCCCAGGCAGGAGAGGAGGAUGUAGAAAACAUCUCUUUCCUUUGGAAAGCAUGAAAAUUGAGAGUGGGGCACAGCAACCAAAUCUUAAGUUAGGUGUCCUCUCUCCACACAAGGCCUCAGGGAGAAGGGUUUCUGCUCUCACACCAUGUUGUGGGGCCCCCUCCCCACCACCUGAACCACCACUGCCACUGCUGACCAUCCAAGCAAAGUCCUGGCAAUCACGUCAUCCUUUGGACUUGCCUGCCAGCUCCGCUGGGACUCCCAGCUACCUAGCUUCCUUACCUGGAUCUACCAAGGCCUACCUUCCUUCGACUCCUUGCCUCCCUUAUACAUUUGACUUCCUAUUGGCCCUCUGAAAAAAACAGCUAAACAGAAUGCCAUGCUCUGAAUUCUGGUGCCCACUACUGAUGCAUUUUCCUGUCACCUUGCUUUCUUCAAGGGGUAGUGGAACAAAGUUCAGACUGCUAAAAGAAUAAACACUCCUCCUUUGGAGUGCUCUGUUUCUCCCCCUUUCCCACCCCAGGACUGAAUCCCAAACCUGCAGUCUCUUUUUUCAUCAGUGGAGGGCCAUUCACCCACCAGAAUUUUUGCCCUUACAUUCCACUCCAAGUUCUUCUAAUCUCCAGAAUGAGACCAGGAUUCCUAAACAGAAAGCCCAAGGCCCAGAGUGGCCCAGCUGACCAAGGCCUGGAGGGGAAGGGGGGCUUUAAACUACCUCAUGUUCUUAAGGGCUGUCCCCUCCAGAUUAUGGCCUGGGCCCUUGUUCUUUCACUACCUGCCCCACCUGGUCCCAGGAAGUGUCCCUUCCCCUCUUGGCUUUGGCCAGCAGCCACCCCAUAGCUGUUGGAACUCUUUCAGGUGCUUUUCUCUUCUCUGCCUUCCCACAGCAAUUGUCCCUGCCUCCACCCAGGGACCUCGCACAGCUGAUGCAGCAGACUGACUACUGAGAGGGGUGCAUCCCUGGUGGGCUUGCAGGGCCUCCUGCACCUCCUUUUGCCUGUGUAGUCAAAGGCCAUUUGCUCUCUUCCCAGCUCAGCCUCGCAAACUUGCCCGGUGGGCCACCACAUCGUGUGCAGCCCGGGCAGUCUAUGUCAGAUUGUAAUUUUUCUUUCCAGUGAAAUGUUACGGGUACCCAGCAGAGGGAUGACUUUGUCCUUUGAUGGAUCUAAAACUCAGAGCAGUACUCCUCAAUGCCCUUUCCCUGACUGCUCUGAGAAAGAAAGAUGUGUUCCUCUGGAAAAGCUCUGAUCAGAAUGUUUUCACAUGUCAAUGGGAAGAUGUGUGUGUGUGUGUGUGUGUGUGUGUGUGUGUGUGUGUGUGUGUGUAUCUGUUUAUUUCUCAGUUCACAAUAUUUUUGUUUCCCCAUGUUUUAUUUAACCAACUAGAUCACAUUCUUUGGCUACAGGUCAGACUCUGAGCUGCUUUCGUCAACGUAAGGAGGAGACACAUAUCAGAGACCCCCCUUUUCCAAGAUGGCUGCUGUGUGCAGCUUCUUUCUUUGCUUAGACCUCCAUCUGUCAAGUUAUUAUUAUUUUUUGAAAUGGCUUUUCUUUAAAAUUAAGCAUUUUACCAGUUGGUUGGGUAUCAAAGAAAAUUGCUCUCUGAUGAGGCAAGAACAUGUCUCUCCAAUAAUGCAGCAUUAAACAGAGCAAGUUGUUAAUUUGUGGAGUGGGGGAAAGAUUCUGCAAGUUGCCAUUGUACAAAUCCAUUUUUACAAAUGUUUGCAGCAGAUUCCACAGAACAAAGAGCCCAUUCAUUGCCGAGCGCCCUGCAGAAUCUCUGAGCCAAGUGGCCGUGUGUUCUGAGCCAGAGCCUGACCUGUGGACCGCCUUUAAUGUCUUCUGCACCCAGUCCUUUUGUGACGUGGGCUUUUUUAAACAGGGUAAAAUUAAUGUGUUGCAUUGCAAACUCAGGUAUGAUGAGGAGAUGAUAGGAGUGUAGCUAGCAGCGUGGAGACGUUAGGUCAGCCACUAAAUGUAUUUGUAAAUUUGGUUUGAAGGACACAGAGAAAGGUUGGAGGGGCGGUUUGUUGUGUUUGUAUUUUUGCCUUUCUUCCCAUAAUUUUUGGUUAAUGGGUAGCCUUUUGCUAGUGGAAGAAGAAAAAGUUGUGUGUAUGGUCUCUUAAUUCCCCUCUCUUCUGUCCUCUCUCUGAUCCCCUGCCACCAACAGCACUCAUUUUAAGUGAGAAUUUUUCCACCAUAAAAAUAUGACCCUGAAAGCUGUGUGGUCAAGGAGAAUCCCACCUCCUCGCACUGCAUUGAAACACGGCUUUCCCCUUCCUUUCCCUUUCAAUGUUUUCCUGACCCAAGACGAAAUUUGGAAUCUUGGAACUUCGCCUACAACUCCUGUUCUCUGGCUCCUUUGUAGGCUUUUGGAGACUUUCACAAGGUUUGGUGGUCUUGACUUUAGUCUCAAAGCACUCCACCUGGCUCAGAAGGACAGCCCCCGCCCCCAUGCCCAGCCCAGGAGGGAGGUGGCUGAGCCUGUGGGGCUAGAAAGCAGCAGCAGGAACCUCCCUCCUGCUCUCGGAGCCGGAGGAGGGGGAGGGAACGAGGGGCUUCAUGGCAUGCAGACAGCCACCCACUCCACACCAGCCUGCUCUCACCUGCCACCCCCUUCUCAGGGAAGUGAGUGCCUGCCAUGGCCACUGUGUCACCCGGUCCUUAAACCUGGGGCUCUCAGCUAGCUGCCUUGCUCUGCUACCUAUUUCUUACUUUAGUUUGUUCUUGAUUUCCUGGGGAGUGGGACAGAUGGAGACAGACAGGCCCAGCGUGGGCAACAUCUCCGCCAUGUCCAAGGUUGGCCAAAGUAAAGGGACCCUGGCCUCCCAGUAGGGCAGGAAGGGGAGCAGUGGUUCCAAGUCUUUAGCUCUGGGCCCCUGGUCUAUGUCUUUUUUCUUUGUUGCUUUUUAAAAUUUUGCAGUUGCAUUAAGAAAUCCGCUCUUUCAGACCAGCUCUUUUAUUUUCUUUAUUGAUUUUUUUAAAGUAAAAAAAAAAAAACACACAAAAAAACCCUCAAAAACAAAAAACUAAACAAAAAAAAACCACUACUCUUUCCCCAAAUUGACCCAUGAGUGUCCCCCUGCACCCCCCUCUGCCUUUGCAGUUGAUCAUUCCUCCCUUUUUCCUCGGCUUGAAGCAUCUAUGUCCAGUGUCUAUGAAAUGAUGUUUUAUCUGUGUCUCAGGUUGAGAAACGGCAAUCAUUCCACCAGAUGCUGGAAACUGGUUAGCCUUGAGACAAGGGUUUCUAGGGCCACAGCUCAGGGAUGUGUAUUUAAUUACAGGGUCCCCAGAAACCCCUCUCUUGGCUGCCACCAACAGCAGCUUUUCUGGACUUGGGAGCCAGGCGGGGACUGCUUCCUCAGAGGCAGGAGCCCCAUGAGCAUACUGAGUCGGAGCGAGCUGGGCUUGCUCUGGCUGUGCCUAGGCUAUCUCGAGGCCUGAAGACUCUGGCUGUCCUGGAACACGAGCCACGGGGGCCCUGCUCUGCCCGUCCAGCCCCUGUCUGGCCUGCCCCCUCAGGAUCUGCAGCCCUAAAUGGGCCACAGCCCACUCAGGACUCAGCUGCAGGCUCAGGGAAGCUGUGAGUCAGGCCAGAGUCUGCUCCGAGCUCCAGAAAAAAGCUGUGUUUCUGGUGGAGGCUGGUCUGCCCAGUCCUGCAGCCAGCCUUGCCAGCAUGGCCAAUCUGUCACCAGGUCAUUUCUGCCCUUGGGUGAGCAUUGUUUUCUUUCUCUGAAAUGUUUUAUAAGGUGAUAAUGUUGUUGACUCAAGUUUCCAUGAAAAAGAAAAAAAAAUACUACCUCUUCAGUGACAUCCUGGUGGAUUCCUCUCCGAGAAGUCCUGUGGGAAACGAAUACUGUAGCUCCUGCUCUGUUUACAUGUUUCUGUCGGGAGAGAAACCCUGCCUGCCCUGGGGUGUUGGUGUUUUUGUCUGUGUUGCCAUCCCAGGCCUGCGAUAGGGGCUGUGGGUGCGUUGUAAUGUCUGGGCCGAGUGUAGGGAGUCCUUCACACCUGCCCAGCUGGGACCAGCCACCUCUUGAAGAGGCCUCCGUUUCCUUUCUACGAUCCAGGGCACAGGAAGCACCACCCUCCCGCCAGGCUCUGGUGGCACAGGCAUCCACAAGCCGACCCUGGGCUACCUAUCCCAGGGCCACCUCUACCCACAGUCCGUGUAGGAAUCAAGUAAACGGGAUGUCUCUGAGCCCUUGUCCCCAAAGGGCCGGCCAAGGGCUGCCUGCCAGCCUGGCUCCGUCAGCCCUGCAUGACCAAAUGAUAGCCGGGCUCUGCAGGCUACUCAGGCCCUCUGCUACCUCCCCCCCUGCCAGCUGGCAAGGGAUGGGCCUUUUUCUGUGAGUUGACUACCUGUGGAAAUGUGACCAAUUAGUGUGAAAUGCAUGUCUAGAAGAUGUUAGGUACUGUAUUUGAACGAAUAAAUGUGAAUCCUGCA